AUGGCGCCGUGGGGACACCCGGCCCCUGUCACCACGAUGUGGCGCUGUGGGGACACCUGGCCCCUGUCACCUCGAUGUGGCACCAGGGGACACCCGGCCCCUGUCACCCCCGACAUGGCGCCGUGGGGACACCCAGCUCCUGUCACCCGGACAUGGCAGCGCCGUGGGGACACCCGGCCCCUGUCACCACGAUGUGGCGCUGUGGGGACACCUGGCCCCUGUCACCUCGAUGUGGCACCAGGGGACACCCGGCCCCUGUCACCCCGACAUGGCGCCGUGGGGACACCCAGCUCCUGUCCCCGGACAUGGCAGCGCCGUGGGGACACCCGGCCCCUGUCACCUCAAUGUGGCACCGUGGGGACACCCGGCCCCUGUCACCACGAUGUGGCGCUGUGGGGACACCCGGCCCCUGUCACCUCAAUGUGGCACCGUGGGGACACCCGGCCCCUGUCACCCCGACAUGGCGCCGUGGGGACACCCAGCUCCUGUCACCCUGACAUGGCAGCGCUGUGGGGACACCUGGCCCCUGUCACCACGAUGUGGUGCUGUGGGGACACCAGGCCCCUGUCAACCCGACGUGGCACCAGGGGACACCGGGCUCCUGUCACCCCGAUGUGGCACCAGGAGACACCCGGCUCCUGUCACCCGGACAUGGCAGCGUGGGGACACCCGGCCCCUGUCACCACGAUGUGGCGCUGUGGGGACACCUGGCCCCUGUCACCUCGAUGUGGCACCGUGGGGACACCCGGCCCCUGUCACCUCAAUGUGGCACCAUGGGACACCUGGCCCCUGUCACCCCGACAUGGCGGCGCCGUGGGGACACCCGGCUCCUGUCACCCCGAUGUGGCACCAGGGGACACCCGGCUCCUGUCACCUCGACAUGGCACCGGGGACACCCGGCCCCUGUCACCCCGACGUGGCACCAUGGGACACCCAGCUCCUGUCACCCUGACAUGGCAGCGCCGUGGGGACACCCGGCUCCUGUCAUCCCCGACGUGGCACCAGGGGACACCCGGCCCCUGUCACCCCGACAUGGCGGCGCUGUGGGGACACCCGGCCCCUGUCACCCCCGAUGUGGCGCCGUGGGGACACCCAGACACUGUCACCCCGACAUGGAGGCGCUGUGGGGACACCCGGCUCCUGUCACCCCAACGUGGCGGCAUGGGGACACCCAGCUCCUGUCACCCCAACAUGGCGGCGCUGUGGGGACACCCGGCCCCUGUCACCCCCGAUGUGGCGCCGUGGGGACACCCAGACACUGUCACCCCGACAUGGAGGCGCUGUGGGGACACCCGGCUCCUGUCACCCCAACGUGGUGCCAUGGGGACACCCGGCUCCUGUCACCCCAACAAGGUGGUGCCGUGGGGACACCUGGCUCCUGUCACCUCAAUGUGGCACCAGGGGACACCCAGCUCCUGUCACCCCGACAUGGCAGCACCAUGGGGACACCCGGCCCCUGUCACCACGAUGUGGCACCAGGGGACACCUGGCUCCUGUCACCCCAAUGUGGCACCAGGGGACACCCGGCUCCUGUCACCCCGACAUGGCGGCGCUGUGGGGACACCCGGCUCCUGUCACCUCGACAUGGCACCGGGGACACCCGGCCCCUGUCACCCCGACAUGGCGGCGCUGUGGGGACACCCGGCCCCUGUCACCCCCGAUGUGGCGCCGUGGGGACACCCAGACACUGUCACCCCGACAUGGAGGCGCUGUGGGGACACCGGCUCCUGUCACCCCAACGUGGCGGCAUGGGGACACCCGGCUCCUGUCACCCCAACAUGGCGGCGCCGUGGGGACACCCAGCCCCUGUCACCCCAACAUGGUGGCGCUGUGGGGACACCCGGCUCCUGUCACCCGGACAUGGCAGUGUGGGGACACCUGGCUCCUGUCACCCCAACGUGGUGCCAUGGGGACAUCCGGCCCCUGUCACCCCGACAUGGCGGCGCCGUGGGGACACCCGGCUCCUGUCACCCCGAUGUGGCACCAGGGGACACCCGGCUCCUGUCACCCCAACAUGGUGGCGCCGUGGGGACACCCGGCUCCUGUCACCCGGACAUGGCACCAGGGGACACCCGGCUCCUGUCACCCCAACAUGGCGGCGCCGUGGGGACACCCAGCCCCUGUCACCCCAACGUGGUGCCAUGGGGACACCCGGCUCCUGUCACCCCGGCGUGGUGCCAUGGGGACACCCAGCCCCUGUCACCCCGACACGGCGGCGCUGUGCGGACACCCGGCUCCUGUCACCCCAACAUGGCGGCGCCGUGGGGACACCCAGCUCCUGUCACCACCAUGUGGUGCCAGGGGGACACCUGGCUCCUGUCACCCUGA